AUGGUUCUGGCUAAGUCGAAGCAGAGUGUGGGGUUAGGCAAUGCCUUGAUGAACGAUCGCUUCGGCAAGGGCAAGGGUGUCGAUAGGAAGAAGGGCGCGGCCGUUGCGCGGACUCACCACGCCACCGGUGAGCAGUAUCUGGUCAACGAGAAGCAAGAUGCUGCCUGGGUCAAGAUGCGCUCCGUCACGGAGCAGAGCGCCAUGGACGAGUUCCUGUCGACCGCCGAGCUUGCCGGCACCGACUUCACCGCUGAAAAGGUCAACAAUGUCAAGAUUAUCCAUACCGAUCAAAAGAAUCCCUACCUAUUGUCCGCGACCGAGGAGCGCGCCGUGUUGGGCAAGCACAAGAAGCAUAGAGAUAGACUGACGGUCCCUCGACGACCAAAGUGGGACGCCUCGACGACACCACAGCAGCUAGACCUCCAGGAGCGCAACUCGUUUCUCGACUGGAGACGGGGCCUGGCUGAGCUGCAAGAAAAUAACGAUCUUCUCAUGACGCCCUUUGAGAGAAAUUUGGAAGUUUGGAGACAAUUAUGGCGUGUCAUUGAACGCUCCGAUCUUAUUGUACAGAUUGUCGACGCCCGUAAUCCUCUGCUCUUCCGAUCAGAAGAUUUGGAACACUACGUCAAGGAUGUCGAUCCUAAAAAGGAAAACCUGCUCCUUAUUAACAAAGCCGAUAUGAUGACGCACAAGCAGCGCCACGCCUGGGCCAAGCACCUAAAGAAGGCUGGCAUCGCUUUCAGAUUCUUCUCAGCCCAUCUCGCCAAGGAGAUGAACGAGGCACGCGAUAGAGAAGAGGAGGAGGAGGACAGUGAGGAGGAUACUGCCCCCAGAAAGGCUGCUGGCGAGCCUUCGGCAGCUGCAGCCGCAGCCGAGUCGUCAGUGGAGGAAAGCUCUGAGGAGGAGUCGGUCGAAGAGCGCCGCGAGGAUGGCGGCGUAAGCGUGGAAACCGACGACACGGAGAUUCUCACCGUGGACGAGCUCGAGGAGCUCUUCCUACAGCACAAGCCCACCGAAGCCGGGUCGGACCGCAAGCUUCAAGUAGGCCUCGUCGGAUACCCCAACGUCGGCAAGUCCUCCACCAUCAACGCUCUCAUCGGCGCGACCAAGGUCUCGGUGUCAUCCACUCCCGGCAAGACCAAGCACUUUCAGACGAUCCACCUCUCGGACCGCGUCGUGCUGUGCGAUUGCCCCGGUCUCGUCUUCCCCAACUUCGCCUCGACCAAGGCGGACCUCGUGUGCAACGGCGUGCUGCCCAUCGACCAGAUGCGCGAGUACACGGGACCCGUCGGGCUCGUCACACAGCGCAUACCGCACCGCUUCCUGGAGGCCGUCUAUGGCAUCACCAUCAAGAUCCGCCCCAUCGAAGAGGGCGGUACCGGCGUGCCCACAGGCGAGGAGCUGCUCCGCGCGUACGCCUCCGCCCGCGGUUUAAAGACCUCCGGCCUCGGCCAGCCCGACCAGUCCCGCGCCGCCCGCUACGUCCUCAAGGACUACGUCAACGGCAAGCUACUCUUCGUCUCCCCGCCACCAGGCAUCGACGACGCCACAGCCUUCAACCGCGAGCUAUAUGACGAGCUGCACCUACCCGAGAAGCGCCGCGCGGCCCUCGCCGCCGCCGCCGCCGCCGCCGUCGACAACUUGUCCCUCGCAGAUGACGUCUCCAUCGCCGAUGCCGCUACCUCCACGGCAGGUGGCACCUCCGACAUGGCCUCGCUGGCGCCCGUCGCCGGCCCGAAGACGCAGCAGCUCGACAAGGGCUUCUUCGGCCCCCGCGCCGCCGGCGGCCACGUCACGCAGCCGUUCAACUACAAGUACACGGAGCAGGGUGCGCGCGAGUCCGGCAAGGCGCUGACGGGCCGCAAGGCGCGCACCGCGUAUGCGCUGGAGAACGGGCUGGACCCCAAGGAGCUGGCCAAGGCGGGCAGCAAGAAGCACUUCAAGGGCGGCAUGAGCAACGGCAAGGGCAAGAAGCAACAUCGCGGACUAAACUUGGAUGACGACUAG